GAGCAAGAGUACCGAAGGAUUCGUGGACGCACGGAACGCAUUUUGAGUGCGCACACGCUCACUGAGCGUGAGGAGAGAAAAUUCAUAAGAGAGCAGCGUAUAGUUGAAAGCGCGCGUCCAGUUUUGUGCACGAGCAAAGGAAAUCGGCGUGCGAGCGGAGAGAUUCGCGCGCUCGUAUGACAAGAAUGCGCUCUCGCCUUGUAAUAAUGCGCUCGCGACAUUUGUCAUUAUAAUAACGCCAUAGAAAACAUGCAUCGACAUGCACGAGGCCGGUUUGUCUCAUUUGCUCGGAGUAUGUUGCGGUUGUCAAAAGCGGAAACGAUAAACGGCAUUAUGAAACUAGACAUAGACACUAUGAAGAAACUUGCCCGCAGCAGUCUGAGGUAAGGACACGGAAAUAUAUUAGCUCAAAGCCCAGUAGGAGCGAUCUACAAGCGGGUCCUCCCUCCCUCACUUACCGCCCAACAACGAGCACAUGAAUGUUCACUAAGAAUACAGUGGAUCUUAGGAAAAAAUAAAAAGCCCUUUACUGAUGGGAAAAUAGUAAAAGAGUGCAUGGAGGCUGCGUGUGAAACACGUUUAGAAGGAAAAUAAAGACAUGAACUAAAAGAAAAUAUUAAAUAAACCCCCCUUUCAGCUGCCACAAGAAGAGCUAAAAUGUUAUCAGAAGAUGUUCAGUCACAACUUGAUGCUGCUACUUGUUAAUCUCAGUUCAGCAGAAAACAACACUUUAGUUUUCUUUUAAAGUUGUUAAUGUUAAAAUCAAUGUAUGUUCAGUUCAGGUUUAGAGAUGAGGGAAUUUUGCACAUGUUCCUUCAUUAUAUUGUUGUCAGACAUUGUCGUGUAGAUAUGAAAAGACAUGUUUAUUUCGUUGGUCUGACAAAAAACAUCAGUUCGUGUUUUUAGGUAUUUAAUUGUCCGGACCUCGGCUGGUAAGGAGGGUUCGUUUACUGGUCUGGGCGCGGUUGCAUAAAGCACCUUAAGUUUUUCCCUUAAGUAUGACACUUAAGGGGCGAUUUUCCUUUAGCAAAGACAAUAGGAGAAUAACUUAAGUAAAACUUGAGGUAUACUUAAGGACACACUUAAGGGAAAAUUACACUUAAGGUGCUUUAUGCAACCGGGCCCAGGUCCUCAAGCAAUUUUAGUUGAAGAGUCCCGCAUUAGGCUAUUCUCCGAGACUUGAAGUUUUCUGCCCCCCGGUGGACAUAAGCAGUGCAAACAAAAACUCUACCAUUAUUACUUUCGUUUUUUGUCGCAGGACCAGCGUUUUAAUGCAUCUUCAUGAACUGUUUGAGCUAUUCAGUCAUUGACUCAGAAGAAAUCACGCUUCGGACCUAUAAGUGGACAAGAAUAGCUCAAAUUUUGUUAUUGCGAAAUCUUGAAUGUUAAACGGGAAGUGGAUUUCGGGAGCGGCGGGGAGACUGCUACAAAGUGAGCAAAUAUUUCUAUCCACCAACUUGGCUUAUUUUCAAGCUAUUGACUACAAAGGAAAAAUAAUUUAACCAGGACUAUAACGCUGAAUGAAAGGCAUGACACAAAGAAGUCCAUCUAUUGUUGUGGUUGGUGCUGGUGUCGCAGGACUCGCCGCAGCCAAAAAGUUGAAAGAAUACGGGUUCGAUGACGUCACCGUGCUGGAAGCCUCCGAGAAGGUCGGAGGAAGAGUAUCUACUGCAACAAUAGGGAGUGCAUGUGUUGAAACCGGUGCGCAGUACAUCCAUGGGGCAUCAGACAAAAACCCAGUCUACUGUCUUUUGAAAAAGUCUGGCCUUUUAAGCCAGGUCCCUGAGGUUGGAUCAGAAAUAUUUUACAAUAACAAGGGACAAGAAGUGGAUGCAGAUGUGGCCACACGUGUGUAUGAAGCAGGAGAAGGUAUACUCCGAUACCGUGGCUCCAGCACAGGAAAGAGUUUGGGUGAGCACUUAGCAGAAAAAACCAAAGAUGUGAUUGACAGCUUGGAAGAUAAUGACAGGAAGAUAAGAAUGCAGAGUGUUUUUGCUUUGGUUGGGAAGGACAUGCUCAUUGACAUUGGAGCUUCAGACCUCCAUAGCGUCUCUCUUGACUCCUGGCAGUAUUACACCAACAUGGGGGACAGCCUUAAUGUCCCAGGGUUAAUGUAUCGACUGGUGGACAUGCUCUCGGAGGACUUUCCUAAGGAACGUCUGCUAUUGAAAAGGGAAGUUAGUAAGAUCAAAUGGGACGGGUCCUUCUCUGCAGGAAAGGAUAUGCGAGCCCCUCCAUCUGAUGAAUCUCUCUCUGCACACACUGAGGCCGUUUCUGAAGGAAAUGUCCGCCACUAUCCUAUUUGUAUUGUUUGUGAGAAUGGAGAAGAGAUUCUGGCUGAUCAUGUAAUAGUCACUGUUUCACUAGGCUGUCUAAAGGCACAAGCAUUGAACCUCUUCAGCCCCAGUCUCCCAGCUGAGAAAAUGGAGGUCAUCAACAAGUUGUGCUUUGGCAAUAUUGCCAAGAUCUUCCUAGAGUACGAGCAAGCCUUCUGGGAGGAUGGUAUUGGUACUUUCAGUCUCAUUUAUGAGGACGACUCCCCCACCUCAGUGUCCACCAAUAAAACGCAGUGGCUGAAAAACAUUCAGUUAUUUUCUGUCCUGAGGCCUAAAGAAAGGUUUGGCAAUAUCUUGAUUGGUUGGUGUCCAGGAGACGUAGCUGACCUGAUUGAAACAAAGACGGAAGAGGAACUCUCGUCUGCUAUCACAGAACAUCUCAGAAUGUUUUUUGGGAAAUCAGACAUUCCACUGCCCAAGUCUGUACUUUCCACUAAGUGGCGCAGCAACAGAUUCAUAAAGGGCACCUACACGUACCUUCCUGUUGGUGUAGACGGACAAGUUAUGGACACGCUGGCACAGCCGCUAAUGAGCAGCCACCGCCCUGAUGAAAAUCUUCAGGUCAUGUUUGCAGGGGAAGCGACGAUGAAGACUCUGUAUGGCACAGUGCAUGGAGCUCUGCUGUCUGGACACAGAGAAGCAGACAGAUUGGCAGCACAUUACAAAAAGGACCCACCUUCCACUGCUUCAUUAGACAAACAAGUUUAAUUAACAGUUUUUACUACAAAAAUGUAUUUUGGCUCAAACAUUUAAGAACAUUAUUUACAACAGGGGUUGUGCAAAGCAAACGCUGUUUGAUAAUUAAUCCUUUUUUUUACAUUUUUGUAUUUUAUGUUUGUGUAUUUUCAUUUGGUUGUUGAAAUUGUUUCACGUGGUUAAAGUGGGUAUUUUUGGUUCAGACGAGUUUAGUAAAAAUUUAGAGAAAAUCAAGUGAAUUGUCUAUUUGUUUUUGUAGAAUUCUUUUUAUGAUAUCUGAUGCCUAUAAUCUGCAUAUGGUUCCUGAUCAGACAUGUUCUCUGCAUGGUUUUUUAAUAAAACGCUUCUUGCGUAAAUCUAGAUAAGGAUUGUACACAUUAGGAAAAUGAAAUGGUAAAUAACAGCUUGUAUAAAUCAGUUUUUAUUGUAAAAUGUGUAUAUUAUCAGCACAUAAAUACAAU